UGCGUGUCCAAGGGUCGCUAUGUGGAAGCUGGAGGCUCCUUCUGGGGCGAUGACAGCUGCACCACACGCUACACAUGCGCCGCUGGGGGACGUUUAUCUUCCAGUCAGACGAGCUGUCCCACCGGGCAGCAGUGCCAGGUGGUGGAGGGUAUCAGAGGUUGCUAUCCUGUCAACUAUGCCACGUGUAUGGUAUCUGGUGACCCACAUUUUGUGACCUUUGAUGGAGAGCGCUACAACUUUCAGGGCACUUGUGCGUAUCAGAUGGCUGCCGUCGCCUCCAAUCACACCGGCCUGAAACAUUUCAGUGUUGUGUUGCAGAAUAAUGGUCGGAAUAAUAAAAUCGGGUCUGUUGUCAAGCUGGUAGAGGUCAAAGUAUAUGGGAACACCAUCAUUAUCAGCAAAGAGCACCCUGCCGCUGUUGUGGUCAAUGGUGAGCUCUCCAACCUCCCUAUGAUGCUGAACAGCAGUAAACUCCAACUUUACACAAGCGGCUGGUUUGCUGUAAUCGAGACAGACUUUGGAGUGAAGGUGUACUACGACUGGAACAGUGUAGCAUUUGUCACCGUUCCCAGUACAUACAUGGGUGCGAUGCAAGGUCUGUGUGGCAAUUACAACCUCAACCCCAAAGACGACAUGCAGAUGAGAAAUGGGAAACAAGCCACCGCCCCUGAGAAGCUUGGUCAAAGCUGGAAAGUCGCCACACUACCUGGUUGCGUAGACGGCUGCAAGGGCCCCUGCCCCAGCUGUAACGCCACUCAGAAAGAAACUUACAACACCAACAGUUACUGUGGCCUCAUCAGCGACCCUGCAGGGCCGUUCCGUGACUGCCACGCCAAGGUUGACCCCGCAGGUUUCCUCAGUGACUGUCUGUAUGAUGUCUGUCUCUACCAGGGCAGCAGGAACAUGCAGUGUAAAACUUUGACUGCUUACACAGCAGCCUGCCAGCUGAAAGGUGCCACUGUGUACUCCUGGAGGUCAGCUCAGUUCUGUGAUGCCCAGUGUCCAUCAAAUAGCGACUAUGAGCUCUGUAGCAGUCGCUGUUUCAGGUCAUGUCAGAAAGACUCAAACUGUGGAGCUCAGUGUAUGGAAGGAUGUGUGUGUAAUGAGGGUUACCUGCUGAGUGCAGGUAAAUGUGUGCCUGCCAACCAGUGUGGCUGCACACAUGAGGGCAAAUACUACCAGAACGGACAGGUCUUUUACCCUGAUGCCCUCUGCCAGAAGGAAUGCACCUGUAACGGCACAGUGCGGUGUAAGAAGUCUUCUUGUAAUCCAUAUGAGAAGUGUGAGGUAAAGAAUGACGUCCGCUCAUGUUGGCCUUUGAGAAAAGGAGUCUGCUCCAUCUCUGGAGAUCCACAUUACAACACCUUUGACAACACCACCUAUGACUUCCAAGGCACCUGCACCUACAUCGCAGCUGAGAGCUGCCACCUGAGCGGCACAGGGCUCACCGACUUCUCUGUGGUGGUGGAAAAUGAGAAGUGGAGUGAUUUCUCUGACAAUCCCAAGGUUUCAGUGACCAAACUUGUAGCAGUAGAAGUUUACGGAACUGUCUUGAUCCUUCAAAAGAACGAAGUUCAAAUGGUUUGGAUAAAUGGGGUCCUACAUCGCCUGCCACAAAACCUCCACAACGGUGCAGUGAAGGUUUAUCAGGAGGGUUUAAAUGAUGUCAUUAUGACUGACUUUGGCCUGAGGGUCACGUAUGAUCUGGUCUACCAUGUGACUGUCACUGUCCCUGGAAGCUACAAUGGCAGAACCUGCGGUCUGUGUGGCAAUUUUAACAACAACAAAGCUGACGACUUCCAGCUGCCAGAUGGAAACAUGACCAAGGACCUCCAGACUUUUGGAGAAGCAUGGAAAGUGUCUGUGCCUGGUGCAGUCUGUAAUGAUGGCUAUCAUGGGGACCAGUGCCCCACAUGUGAUGUUUCUAAAAAAGCAGCGAUAGAGGCAAAAUGUGCAAUUAUGACCAAUACCAAAGGUCCAUUUGCUGCUUGCCAUGAUGUAGCUGAUCCUGCUUUCUACUUCAAAAAUUGUGUCUAUGAUGCGUGCAUGGCCAAAGACAAUCAAAGCAUGCUGUGUCACAGUAUUGCUGCGUAUAUGUCAGAUUGCCAAAACAUGGGUGCAAAGGUCAAGAACUGGAGAAGUGCUUCUUUCUGCCCUUUGACAUGCAGUUCAGGCAGCCAUUAUGAGGCCUGUGUGCUGCCUUGUACCUCCCCAUGUCCUGGCCUUCGUGACAUCCUCACAUGCACCACGACUUGUGUUGAGGGCUGUGCCUGUGAUAAAGGCUACUACUACAAUGGAACUGGCUGUGUGCCCUUUGACCAGUGCAGCUGCUACUGCAAAGGCAACACCUACAAAGUUGGAGAGUCUGUUAUAACUGAUGACUGUCACAAGAGUUACACCUGCCAGGCCUCUGGAGUAACUUUGUCCAAAAACAUGACAUGUGAACCCAACGAGCGCUGCCUGGUCAGGAAUGGUGUGAUGGGCUGCCACAUUCAGCACUGCUUUUUGGAUGCCAGUGGGACCCUCACUGAAUUUAAUGGUCAAAGUGGAGCUAUAACAGUUCCAGGAGCCUACGAGAUUAUCCAGAGCUGUGACGUCUCCCCGACAGCAGACUGGUUCAGGGUGGUGGUGAAGUUGGAGAUGUGCACUCCUGGUGUCAACACAAUCAUGGCCGUGUACGUGUUCUUUAGCGAAGUGAUGGUCACAGUCGACAACAAACAUGACAUCUGGAUAGAUGGAAGACAGAUGACUCAAACCACUUUCUCCCAGAAUAAUGUAAAAGUGUCUGUUUCUGACAACACAGUGAGAAUUAAUAGCACUUCUAGCCUUCAAGUGUCCUUCAGUUCUACUAAUAAACUUACCAUAAGUGCUAGUAACAAAGUAGCCGACGUGGUAUGUGGAGCAUGUGGGACAAUCAGACCCACAAAAAUACAAGAUCUGACAGAGGGACUUCAGGCCUCUCUUGGAGGGCAGAGGACUGCUGUUACAUCUCUGAACAUUGGGCAGUGGACGGCUCAUGAUUUCCCCCAGUGUGGUUCCUAAAUUUCAGUCCUGCCAGCUUUUAAAACAACUGCAUUGAUCAACAUCUUUCAGACUGACAGCAUCAUUGAUUCAUGAAAUUAUUUUUAUCUAUAUGAAGAAUCCCACUUGCAUGUAAAUCCCACUUCUUGCUACAUGUUAAAUGUCAAAAAUCUGAAAAAUGUUUGUCUUGUCAGACAUCUGUAACAAAAGAGCUUUCAUCUUAACUGAUAAUUUGCUUGGGAACAUAUACCAACACAUAAACCACUUGAGAUAAUAAUGCAUUUUAAUGUGUACUCAAUAAACAAUUUCUGUGG